AUGACUGGAGGGUUUUACGUCGCGGUCCCUGAUCUAGGAUCAGCGGAGCAGGUGCUGACUGCGCAGAAGAGGAAAGCACCCAGUCCUCCACAUUCCUCAAACGGACACUCACCCUCUGAAACGUCACCCAGUCCCACAAAGAAGAAGAAGAAACCGGGAUUAAUCAACAACAAAGACCAAUGUGAGCUUAGACAUGGUCCCUUUUACUAUGUCAAGCAGCCCGCACUCACCACAGACCCUGUUGAUGUUGUACCGCAGGACGGGCGGAAUGACUUCUACUGCUGGGUGUGUCACCGCGAGGGCCAGGUGCUCUGCUGUGAGCUCUGCCCGCGCGUCUACCACGCCAAGUGCCUCAAACUGGCCGCAGAGCCUGAAGGCGACUGGUUCUGUCCAGAGUGUGAGAAAAUAACAGUGGCUGAAUGCAUAGAGACUCAGAGUAAAGCUAUGACCAUGCUGAACUUGGAACAGCUGUCCUACCUGCUGAAGUUCGCUUUGCAGAAAAUGAAACAGCCAGGGACCGAACCGUUUCAGAAGCCAGUGUCACUUGAACAGCACCCGGAUUAUGCCGAGUAUAUAUUUCACCCCAUGGACCUGUGCACUCUAGAGAAGAAUAUCAAGAAGAAAAUGUACGGAUGCACAGAAGCAUUUUUGGCGGACAUGAAAUGGAUUCUACACAACUGUAUCAUAUAUAAUGGAGGAAACCAUAAGCUAACAGCAACUGCUAAAGUUAUUGUCAAGAUCUGUGAACAUGAAAUGAAUGAAAUUGAGGUUUGUCCAGAGUGCUACCUGUCCGCCUGUCAGAAGAGGGACAAUUGGUUCUGUGAACCUUGUUCUCAGCCUCAUCCUUUGGUGUGGGCCAAACUGAAAGGUUUUCCCUUCUGGCCCGCUAAAGCCUUGAGGGACAAGGAAGGUCAGGUGGAUGCACGGUUCUUUGGCCAGCAUGACCGAGCCUGGGUGCCCAUAAACAACUGUUACCUCAUGUCUAAGGAGAUCCCCUUCUCUGUGAAGAAGACCAAAAGCAUCUUCAACAGCGCCAUGCAAGAAAUGGAGGUCUACGUGGAAAACGUGCGCAAGAAAUACGGCGUGUUCAACUACGCCCCGUUCCGGACACCUUUCACACCCAACAACCAGUUCCAAAUGCUGCAGGACCCUAAUAACCCUAAAAAAGGCACGGUGAAGCCUGAGAAACCGGACAAAGUCAAGUUCAGCUUCGAUAUGACCGCAUCCCCCAAGAUGCUCUUGAGUAAGACAGUGAUGUCAGGAGGGCCGGGGCGGCGGAUCUCUGUGAUGGACGUACCCAGAUCGCCAAUGAGCACCAACUCCUCAGUCCACACGGGGUCCGACCUCGAGCAGGACGAAAGAGGGGCGAGAGUGUCAUCGAGUCACUAUAGCGGCGGGGAAGACUCAAUGGAUUAUACAGCAUCCCCUGCAUCUCUAAAGACAAGCAACAGCCCCAAGCCUCUCCUACCCACGCCAGUUAAACAGGAAAGGAGUUCAGGCACGGGAGGCAUCCUCAACCUCAAUUUGGAUCGCAUUAAAGCUGAAAUGGACCUGAAGGAGUUGAGUGAAACUGUACAGCAACAGCAGCAGCAGCAAGGGACGUCGGUUCUCCUCGCCUCUCCUAAAAAACCUACUAGGAGUUUGGAUAAAACUAUAGAGAGCUGCAAGGCUCAGCUGGGAAUCAAUGAGAUCUCAGAUAAUGUGUUCCACGGUGUUGAGCACAGUGACUCAGACGACUCUGACAAAUCUGACUCCAGCGACAGUGAAUACAUGUCUGAGGACGAACAGAAGCCCAAGAACACUAACCACAACAACAGUGCCCACAAAGACUCCAAAAAGAGAGCCAGACCCCCAUCCGCUCAAGCACAAGAACAAGACGCUGUCCCAUCAACAGCUGGAGGAACACCAGGUGGAGACAAGAAAUCCUCAGAUCCCCAGACCAAAGAGAAGUUAAGCAGUGGCGUGGAGAAAGACUCUCAGGAGAAGAGCAAACCCCUGCAGCAGACCCAGAAGGAGAGGUCACAGUCGGGGCAGGACGCUCGGCCUGCUGGAUCAGAGCUGGAUUUAGACUCUGACUCCGAGCGGGAGCUGGUGAUAGACCUCGGUGAAGAACCAGGUGGGAGGGAAAAGAAGAAAGCCAAGCGAGAUACCCCAUCAGCCCCCAUCUCCACAACUAAAGAUCAGACAAGCAUUAAAACAGAUGGUAAAACGUCUGCAUCUACCAGCACAUCAGCUUCUUCUUCUACAGAUAACACUUCAUCUUCCAUCAAUCCUGGUCCAAAAGAUGCAGCCGAAUCAGCCAUCAAGCCACCAGCCACCGUCACAACUGCAUCUACCACUCAAGCCACCUCCACCUCGGCUGUUCAACCCAUGUCUGCUGUCCCUGUUGCUUCCAAUGUGGGGAAAAAACAGCGCCCUCUGCUGCCCAAGGAGAACACACAGCCGGCCCAGCGGCCUGCAACAUUGAACCCGGCUGGCGGUAAAUUCCAGACAUCAUCUCAGAAGGUGCAGAGACAGCAACAACAACAAGGUGAGACGGCUCCUCAGAGCCAAGCACAGCCCCAGACCUCAGCCAACAACUCCAGCACACGCUACCAGACCAGACAGUCCGUCAAAGCUGUUCAACACAAAGACACCUCACCUGUUAACAUGGGUUCUGGUGCGUCCACCUCCAGUCCGGCUGGAGACUUCCUCACCCCUCCGGCCUCUGCUGAUGUUGCCGCUGACAUCGCCAAGUACACCACUAAGAUGAUGGAUGUGAUUAAGGGAACAAUGACAGAGAUAUACAAUGACCUCUCUAAGAGCACGACGGGGAACACCAUUGCAGAGAUCCGGCGCUUGCGGAUUGAGAUUGAGAAACUCCAGUGGUUGCAUCAGCAGGAGCUGUCAGAGAUGAAACAUAACCUUGGUAACUCUCCUUUAUGACUUACAAUAG